AUGGGGCAAGGAGAAUCUACCCCACUUUCUCUCAUGACUGACCAUUUUUCGGAUGUCAGGGCCAGGGCCCAUGACUUGUCUUUGCUGGUCAAGAAAAGUAAAUUAAUAACUUUUUGUUCUGCAGAGUGGCCCGCCUUUCAGGUUGGAUGGCCUCCGGAAGGCACCUUUCAACCGUCCAUCAUACAGGCUGUGAAGGAAAAGAUUAUGGCUCCUGAUCCCUGGGGCCAUCCGAGUCAGGUCCCCUAUGUCAUGGUCUGGCAGGAUCUAGUGGAAAAUCCGCCUAAAUGGUUAAAACCUUUUGUUUACAAACUUCCUAGUUCCUCCAGUUCACAGGUCCUGGUGAUGGAGACCCCCCCGGAGGAAACCAAAAAGAAAGAGGACCCAAAACCAGUCCUUCAGGAAUCUUCUUAUCCAAACCUGAUAGAUCUAGAAAUGGAGAUAAGGCCUCCGCCAUAUGUGCCCUCCUUGCAAUCCCCUCCGAGGAGAGAAGCUCCCACAGGUGAACCGAGAGGAUUAAGAGGGCCAACGGGAACCAACCAUGAGGGGGGACCGGCAUUGGGGACCCGGGGGAAAACUAAGGGAGAUAAGGGUAAGCAAGACCCUGGGGACCUAGAGUUACCUUCAUCCACUGUUCAGGCGCUCCCUGUCCGAGUGGGACCAACUAACCCGGACGGAGAGCGAACCUAUCAGUACUGGCCCUUUUCCACGAGUGACCUGUACAAUUGGAAGACCCAAAACCCUCCUUUCUCAGAGAAGCCCCAAGGCCUCAUUGACCUCUUAGAUUCCAUUUUGUUCACUCAUAAUCCCACCUGGGAUGAUUGUCAGCAGCUGUUGCAGGUGCUCUUCACCACGGAAGAACGGGAGCGAAUUCUGGCAGAGGCGCGGAAACGGGUACCAGGGGUCGACGGGAGGCCAACUGCCCAGCCUCAUCUUGUGGACGAGGGGUUUCCCCUGUUGCGGCCUAACUGGGAUUUUGAGCGAGUGGAAGGUAGGGAGCGUCUCCGAGUAUACCGCCAGACUCUAAUGGCUGGCCUGCGGGCUGCAGCAAGAAAGCCGACAAAUCUGGCAAAGGUAAAUUUAGUAAGGCAAGAGCCCACUGAAAGCCCGGCAGCCUUCCUAGAGAGGCUGAUGGAAGCUUUCAGGCAAUAUACACCUAUGGACCCCCAGGCUGAGGAGUCACGCGCUGCAGUUUUGUUAGCGUUUGUGAAUCAGGCAGCCCCAGAUAUUAGGAAGAAAUUACAAAAAGUAGAGGGAUUGGGAGAACAGACAAUACAGGAUUUACUGAAAGUAGCUGAAAAGGUAUUUAAUAAUAGGGAGACCCCAGAAGAAAGGGAAGAGCGAAUUCGGCGGGAGGAAAGGGAAUUAGCGGAGAAGAUCAGGAAAGAAGACAGGGAACAUAGGGCUAGAGAAAACCGGAAGAACCAGAAGGAGCUAGCCCAGAUUCUUUUUGCGGGGAUAAAGGCUGGAACAGAAUUGAGGGAACCUCGAAACCCCCGGACGAGAGAAAAAGAAAAACCAAAAAGGCAGGCCCUAAAGAAGGAUCAGUGCGCCUACUGCAAAGAACAGGGGCACUGGAAAAACGAGUGCCCUAAGAGGGACUCAAAGAGAGGAAUGACCCAGAGAGAAAAAAUCCCCCCUGGAACUCGAGUUCUAUAUGCGGGGGAAGACAGUGACUAG